CAUUGAGCGGUUAGCGCAUAUAUGCGUUUGGCCGGUCCGUGAGUGGGAUGCUGUACAAGUCUGCUUGAAAGUGGACAGGUGUAGCGCGUCGUGUUAAGUGGGGAAUCCAAAAAUAAAAAGCACCAAACACUGUGAUAUUACCUGAUUUUUGAGCCACUGCUGCGCGUUGCAUCUGCAGCCUUGGAGGGUGCCCCCCCCCCGCUGUAAUAUUUAUGACAAAACGGAGGCAAAUUAUUCUGGUCACGUUUUUGGCUGACAGCCGGCUGUCCUGGAGAGUUCGGGAGUGAAUCGGGGUCCAGUGUUGGCGAUUGCGCAGCGCACCGACACCUGCAGUACGAUGUAAAGGGAUUUCCCACUCACCAAACUGAAUCAAGGAACAGAUCUGGCCAUCAUCCUUCAUCGCUGUCUCGUUUGAGCCAGAAGAAAGACAGAGCAUGGUCUGGCGUGGCAGCUGCUGUUGCUAUGUGUGAGGGAGUGCUGUGGCGUCAAUGGAGACCGAAGGCUAUCGUGACCUCCUGGAGACCAGCGAUGGUCAGGGGGUAGGCCUGCUGGAUGUAGGGGGCGAGGUGGGCGUGGAGGAAGGCUGGAGCACACCCUACCCCCUGGGCUUCCAGGUGUCUUUGACCACUGUGCUGAUGCUGGAGCUGGUUUUGGGCUUCAGCAGCAACCUGACCGUACUUGUGCUCUACUGUGCUCAGUCCAACCUGGUGGAUUCAGUCAGCAACCUGGUCACAGUCAACCUCCAUGUGCUGGACAUACUGGUCUGUCUGCUGUGUCUGCCACUGACUGUGGCUGUGAUCCUGCUACCAGCUAAUGAAAGUGGAGUUGGCAGCCUGGCCACGCUGUGCUGCUUUCAUGAAGCCUGUGUCACAUUCACCAGUGUGGCCACAGCGGUCAAUGUUCUGGUGAUCAGUUUGGACAGAUACGACAUCUCAGUGCGUCCGGCCAGUCGUCUACUGACCCCCAGGCGUGCAGCACUGCUCCUGGCCGCAGUGUGGGCCGUGUCUUUGGCUGUCUUCUUCCUGCCCUUCCUUGAGGGGGAUUUCUUCUCUUCAAGGGUUGAGGACAGUGAGGAUGAGGAGCCUGAAGUGCAGAACAAUGUCUCUGAGCUCACCACUGGACGGACCCCUAUUUUUUCCUCCAUCUCUCCUUCCUCUUUACCCCCAACUCAUCCUUCCUCGCCUUCACACCACCUGACUCCAGUAUGGCAGAACAGGACACUGUUGUGCGUAGGGGGGCAGGGGUAUUACACAGGCCUGGCUAUGUAUUACCACUUGUUACUCCAAGUGCCAUGCUUCUUCAUCGCAGUGGCCGUCAUGUUGUUCACCUACUCCAGGAUCCUGCAGGCCCUCAACAUUCGCAUAGGCUCCCACAUGAUGAGGGGUAAACGUGCAAAGGACUCCACUUGCAGGAUACGCUGCAGGAGGAAGAGGAAGAAGGACCUGAGCCUGCCCACAGAGGUAGUGUCCUCCAACCAGAACCAGAACCUCAACCAUCCUCCUCUCAUCCACUCCCCCACCCCUACACCAACAUCGCCCCCACCGCUCCCCUCCAUGUCCCAGGUGAUGUCUGACAGUGGAGCAACAGUCACUACUGUCAGCACUGCUGCCACCACCCCAAUAGCCACCACACCGGCCACCCCUGCUUCUCCAACCCCAACCCCAGCUUCAGCCUCAACCCGGACCCAUGCCACCUCACCACUGCCUGCCUCCACCAUGGGUGUACAGGCCUCAGUUUCUGCCAUCAUUGCCUUGAGGAGGGCAGUGCGCAGGCACAGGGACCGUCGAGAACGUCAACGUCGGGUCCUAAAAAUGUCCCUACUCAUCAUAUCCACCUUCAUGGGCUGCUGGGCCCCUCUGUCUGCAGUCAAUAUUCUGAUCCUGUGUAUGGGUCCCAGCGACAGCCUGGUGAGACUGCGCCUCUGCUUCUUGGCGAUGGCUUAUGGAACCACGAUUUUUCAUCCUCUGCUCUACGCUUUCACCAGGCAGAAGCUGCGGCGUGCCCUCAAAACACGUGUCAAAAAAAGGGUAGUUACCCUUCUGCAGGUGGACCCGGCUCCCAGCGGGGGGACAGUUAUUCAUAACUCCUGGGUGGAAGGAGGAGGCCAGAGGAAGAGUCGCAAGCCACGGGUGGAGGCCAGUGACGGCACUGAUCGAUGCCUCACAGAGGCAGUGAGGGAAUGAGACUGGUCUGGUGUGUUUGCAUGUGUGAGUGUAUGGGUGUGAAUUUGAAGAAUUGUAUGUAUCUUACCAACUUGCUAGAGGUGGAUCAUGUGUAUAUUUGUGCACAGGUGUGACAAUACCAGUAAGUCUGCAAAGGUCAGGACAAAUCCCGUGACCACUGGUUCGAUGCAAACGUGGAGGCAGGUGAGUCCUGAGCUCUAAUUAGAGCCUGCUUUCUGCUCUCCUUACACAGGCCGUCGUUAGUCCACUUUCUGACUGACAAGGUGACCACCGAGUCUCCAUGACAACACUGGUCAAUCAUUAUGACAACAUCCCAUGGAUACUGGAAAUACUGUGCACCCCACUUGUACGAUAAGGGUUAGACAACAAAGUCCAUACAUUACUGCUCCUGUGUGCAGUUUCAACUUGCAUGUGCAUGUACAUAUGUACAUAUGCACACAC